UCAACUUUAGUUCUUUGCGAGUGGCCAACGCGUUCGGUCGUCGUGCGUGGUCGUCUGAGGAAAUAUAAGAAAAAUAAACCCUGAAAAACCGGAGUUAGAGCGAAGUUGUAGCAACAGCUGAAAGUCUCGAGAACCAUUGCAGCUGUAUUCUUUAUCUGCAGCCGAGUAUCUGUGCACAUCCCGUGUUUUAUAGUGUUUGUGUGUGCUAGUGUGUGCCUGUGCGUGUUGGCCAGUUGAUUUCGGGCCCGUCAAACUGGGAGCGACAACCCAAUCAAUCAGUCACUCAAUAUGGCCAGCAUUUCUAAGAGCCCGAGCAGCUGCUCCUCGAGAAACAGGCUGCAUCUUCAACUGGCAUCGCUGCUCUGCGUGAUCGUCUUCUGCCUUUUGGCUUCGAGCUCGGCUCUGCCAAGUGAAUAUAUCGAAUCAACCUCCUUGCCUCCACAAGUACAAGAAGACACCACGAUACUUCCCAUCCAGUUGGAAGAGAGUUCUACACCUUCACAGCCAUCGACUCUGAAUGCAACUACGCCUUCUCAUCCUGUAGAAGAUGCCCCUGUUGAUGAUCGUGUUGAUACUAAUGAGGCAGUGGACGGCGGAACACUGGAGCAAGAAAUCAAAUAUGAUGUGAAAAGUGAGGUGGAGGAUGAACCUUCUCCGAGAGAACAAAUUUUGGAAAAUGUUCAAGAGGCACUGAAAAAUACUGACAUUUUUGCUCUAAGUGCGCGUGAACCCAAAACUCUAGAUACUGAGGAGGAGACCAAACCUAUCCAAGAUGAGCAGUCGGAAGACCAAGAGAAACCAGAGGAACCUGAGAAUGUAACCGACAACAUAGCCGAUUCCAGUGAAGUGGUGGAAAGUCGCCGCAGGCCUUUGCCCGCAAUUACCAGUGACUUAGUAUCCGUGAUUUUCAACGAAGAAAAAGCCAUCACUGAACAACCCAUCACCAAAACCAAUCUCUUGGCCUUGGAGCAGGAACACGAGAAUUUCGAGCUGGAGGCCAGCACUCCGGUGCCAACUUUCGAGGAGCAAAAGCAUCAAGUGACCAAGAAACAGGGCGUGGAGGACCCGAUUCUCAUUGAAUCUCCUCCUGAGGUGAACCAGGAACCAGCAGUUGAUCCUGUCGAGACUUUCCGUGAGGAUCGCCAACUCGGUGAGCGUUAUGGCCACCAGAGCGAUGACGACAACUAUAUUGAAGAUGAUGAGGCACCAACCAAGACUUCGACCAGUCCAGCUCCUAUUGCCAAAGAGGAACCUGCAAAAUCUGAUACAGAAACUGCAAAUGAAGAAAUUGAAAAGAAGGCGGAAGCUGAAGCCAAGGAGGAAAUUGAAAAAGAAGUGGCUGUUACUCCUUCGGAAGAAUCCAGUGUGGAGGCUGCAGACUCAGAUGAUACGCAACCUGAAGUUGAGAUUGCUGAAACCCCAGAUGAGACUCCCACAGAAACUGUUAAGUUAAGCGAAGAGGAACCUAAGGAAGAAGAUCCGGUUCAGCAAAUUGAUCUUAAGCUUCCUGCUAUUGAAUCCUCUUCCCUGGCCAAUAUUGUACCAACUUCCACAGCGGAGCCACAAAAAGAAGAGGACUCACAAGAUGUUGAGGCUGAAUCUGUAGAAAAUAAUGAUAAAGGCAUUGUUGAGAUUGCUAAAGCACAGGAGGAGAGUUCCACAGAAACUGCCAAGGAAACCGAAGAGGAACCAAAGGAAGAAGAUCCGGUUCAGCAAGUUGACAAUGACGAGCCUGCUAUUCAGUCAUCUUCAGUGGCCAACCAUGAACCCAGUUCCACAGAGGAGCCAAAGAAAGAAGAGGACCCACAAAAGAUUGAUGACGAAUCUGCAGAGAAGAACGAUAGUGAAGAAGCGGAUGUUAAGGCAACCGAAAAAACGGAGACAGAUGACCAAUCUUCCGAGGAAGAUAAGGAACCCGUUGCUGAUGAAGCGAAGCCCUCUUCGGAUGACAGCACUGCCACUCCACUGGUUUCCUAUCCACCACACGAUGCUGGUCAGACCUUCGAUAGCAACUCGGCUGAUGAGCACUCCGCCCAACUUUCGGGACCCUCUAAUUACCGAUCCACCAUCAUCAUAGUUCUCUGUUCCGGAACCGCUGUGAUCUUCAUCGUGGCAUCGAUAGUGAUCUUCAUGGUCUCCUUCCAGCGACAGCACGGCACUCUGGACAUCGAAAUGCAGGAACAGCGAUUGGGAAAGGAUAUCCAGGAUGAGGAUAAUGUCCAGAUAAAGCUGCUCGAUGUGGACCUUUCGUCACCCGUCAUAUUGCCGAUGGGCAACGAGGAGACUGACGAAUGCCUGUAGACCCGCUUUGCAUUAUUGUCAAUGAUGCCCUGUAAAUAUUUAUUACCUUCGCGAUUUUAGCCUGCUCCUCUGGCUGGCUGUUAACUUUGGUUUCUAAAUUGCUGACUGAGAACAGCUGCGAGCGAAUCAAAACGAAAUAUUCAAUCGAAUCGAACGAAAUCAUUUGCCAUACUGUUUAAUUUUAAAUGCACUUUAGCUCUAAAUUGUUUUGAAAAAUUUGAAAAAAUAUUUACGUUAAGACACUUUCUGUAGAUUUAAGCGCUUUUUUAUUGAGUCUGAUGAAAAGUCAGAAUAAACAUUUUCGAAUUUGUAAUGAAAGCUGAGGGCUUUUGUAUGUAUUUAUGCCACCAAACUAAAUUUAAACCUAGAUA